AUGACUGCCAAGGGCUCUAUUGCGGACGUAUCAAAUAUCUUCGAGCAAAUCAAAGAACAUCUUGCCAAACUCAAGGCUGAAGCCAAUCUAGCUAGUGUUGCCACCAAUGGAGCAUCGAGUAUGGAUGUGGAUGGUGAAAUCAAUCCUGAUGAUUUCGUCCGAGAAGUCUUUACGCAGUGUUUAUUGGAUGUUGGACACAAGUCGUUCAGUCAUUCCCUGGUGUUUAUUGAAAGAUAUCUCUCUAUCAUGAAAUCCCUCAAUGCCCUCCCAGCAGCAAAAUAUCAAACAGUAUGCAUUGUCGCCGAUUACUGGUACUACAAACCCGAAAUGAUGGAAAUCAUACUUGACAAACUAGUCAAUUAUGGAGUGAUUGAUUCUCCAUCCUUGAUUUCAUGGGCAUUAUCUAUUGAUGUGCUUGAAGAGGGUUGUACGAGAUGGUAUCAACAAACGAUCAUGGAGAAGGCGUUGAGUAAAUUACGAUUAAAAGUAUCGCAGACCAGAAUCAAGUUGAAUGCUGCUGAAGAAGAGUUGAGGGCGAAGCAGGAGGCACAGUUGAAGGAUGGUAUCAUGCAAGAUGACUCUGCCGAUGAAGAUGGUACUGCUCUUGAAGUAUUCAGGAAUGCAGUGAAUGCUGCUGAGAGGGAACAGCGAGAAGCUUACCUGAACUUGUUCCAAAAAUUCAAAGACACCAUGCAACUACGUAUACAAACCGACAUUGCAAAUGACGCUGGAGAUACUACGACCACGUAUUGGUGGAGAUGGGUAUCUGGCUUUUUCAGAAAAGUUGUUCGAGAGUUUGAACCAGAAACUCGAAGCAUGCUCUUCACCAUGGACAAUAUCGUGUUUGCAGAGGAUACACAUGAAGCUGUUUUGAAACUGUGGCAAGAACAAAAGGGCACGAUGAUGACAGAUCUACUUCCAACCCAGCUUGAAGCAUCAGACAUUCUAAAUGCAGAGGACGGAGGAUCUCCAGAAGCAUCUCAUUUCGAGGAAUACAAUACGUUUAUUCGUGGAGUUACUGUAUUGAAAUCAUCAUUAGAUCCUGGAAUAGCUGUGGAUUCCGUUCAGCUGGAUAGGAUAUUGGCUACAUUGACUCACGUGCUCGCCAAAUAUCAAGAACAACCACACCUGCUAGAUCCACAUCUCGAAGAAAUAAUCCAACCUCUAAUAAUCCAACUACGUAUCUCCAUAGCAUCCCACGCAUCAUCACCCUCAUCAAAUCCCAAAUCAAACCAAACAUGCAUGCACAGAACUUUCCGUCUCCUCUCCUCACUAACCAAAGUCCGUGGCUACAAGACCGUAAUCAAAUUCUUUACCCACGAUGUAUCCGAUCUCGAACCCGUCCUUAAUUUCCUGACAUCCCUCGACGCGAAAGAUCCAGAGAUAUGGGAAACACGAUACAUAUUGCUGUUGUGGUUGUCGCUUAUUGCUAUGAUACCGUUUGAUUUGAAGACAGUCGAUAGUGGGCUGGCUGGUGGGGUGGAGACGCUGAUGGAUCGGCUGAUACGGGUUGGGAGAGAGUACUUGGGGGCUACUGGAAAAGAGUAUGAGGGUGGUGGGGUGCUGUUGACGAGGUUGCUUACGAGACGAGAUAUGGCUUCAACGAAACUUCAUGGAUUUAUUGACUGGGCUAUGGAAGUGUUGAGGUCGAGCAAUGAUACUUUUCUGUUACGAGGAGUCCUAAGAUGCCUUGGAAUGAUCCUCAAAGCAUCUCCAAGAUCCUUUGUCCUACCAUUAAUCCCUUCACUAUCACCAUCGUUCGCUCUCAUGAAUGAUCCAAGAGUCGCCACGAAUGCCCUUUUGAGGAAAAUGGUGGUUAAGGUUACGCAACGAAUCGGAUUGACGCUUCUUAAACCUCGCGCUGUUUCUUGGAGAUACCAGAGAGGCAGUCGCUCAUUGUCCCACAAUUUGAGUGUUCAGCCAAUUGGACCUAAUAUUGUCGCAGAACAAUCAGUUGAUGAAGCAGAGGACGAGAUUCCUCAAGAGAUCGAGGAAGUUGUUGAUUUGUUGUUGAAUGGCUUGCGUGACAAGGACACUGUCGUCCGAUGGUCUGCAGCUAAAGGCAUAGGCCGAAUAUCAGACCGACUUCCGCAAGAUUUCGCACAAGAAAUCACAUCAUCAGUAUUGUCGCUCUUUACCGAGGACACUUUUACAGCUCCCGGCACAAACCAAAUAUCACUCGUAGCAGUAUCAGAUGCAACGUGGCAUGGUGCAUGUCUCGCUAUCGCUGAAUUAGCUCGACGUGGUCUGUUACUACCCACCCGCUUAGACGAAAUCAUGCCAUGGAUUGUUAAAGCUAUUGUGUUUGAUCAACGACGUGGAGCACAUUCUGUUGGUGCUCAUGUGAGGGAUGCGGCAUGUUAUGUAUGCUGGUCCUUUGCCAGAGCUUAUGCGCCAGAGACUAUGAGGCCGUAUGUGGCGGUUUUGGCUAAAGCGCUGGUUGUGGAGUCGGUGUUCGAUCGAGAGAUAAAUAUUAGGAGGGCGAGUAGUGCUGCUUUUCAGGAGAAUGUGGGACGGCAGGGCAUCUUCCCGCAUGGAAUCGACAUUGUUACAUUGGCAGAUUACUUUACAGUUGGUAAUCGUAAUCAUUCGUUUUUGGAGAUUAGUGUUGAGGUCAGCAAAUUUGAAGAAUAUCGACAUCCACUAGUUGAUCAUUUGGUUAAUGUCUCAACCCAGCAUUGGGAUCGAGCGAUACGGGAAGUAGCGUCUAAAGCGCUUUAUCGUCUGACCAAAUUGGAUUUGGAAUAUGCUUUGUCAUGUUUGCCUUCUCUGAUCUCUCGGACAACACAACCUGAUGCACAUAUUCGACAUGGUGCAUUAUUGGCUGUCGGUGAGAUAUGUCUCGCCUGGUCUGAAACACGGCAUUCUAAGAAAUGGUGGACUGAUGAGGAGUAUCAGGAUUUAAUCAAGCCAAUAUCAGCCAUCGUUGGAGCUUACCCAUCUGAAUUCUUGGAGUCGUUUGGAUCAGACUUGACGAGAUCGGCACUAUGUCGGUUCAUCAUGUGCCUUUCUGAAGCUGACUGGCCACGGAAUGUCGAGAUACCGAAUAAAGGCUCAUUACCCUGUGUAUUGUGGAAUGUAGUCAGCAGUACGUUAGAACGUCGAGAAGCUGGACUACAAGAAGUUGCUGCUAGAGCUGUUACCAGUAUGACAAUAUGGGAUGCUAUGCACGAUGCCAGUACUGCUGAAACAAUUAUGAAGCAGUACACUGCUAAUGUAGCUAUUAAAGUCAAUCCUAUAAUACGUCGAGGCUACGCUUUAGCAUUAGGUGCGCUGCCAGCUGCUUUCUUGAUACAAGAGCCUGAUAGAGUUACGGCAAUCACAGAAGCCUUAAUGGCUGCUUGUAUAACUGAUCUGGAUAAGGCUACGAAUGAUGCUGAAUCACGACGUAAUUCGAUUGCUGCUCUGUCUCAUGUGGUUGAAGAACUCUCCAAGUUGUCAAUCAUAUCUAAAACAAUCGACAAGGACUUGUUUGAUCGUAUACUGAAAUGCGUUUUGAAUGGAUUGCAAGAUUAUACAGUUGAUUCACGUGGAGAUGUGGGAUCAUGGGUUCGUGAAGCGUCUUUGAGGGCUUUGGGUAUAUGUUUGUCUAUCGGUGCUCGAGUCGAUAAUACUAGUGAUGAUGACCCGUAUGUGUCUGUAUCGACGACACGAGCAGCUGUUGGUGGAGCAUGUCAGCAAGCCAUGGAACGUAUAGAUAGAGUUCGGGAAGCUGCUGGUAAUUUAUUGAUGACUAUAUUGUGGGGUGUUGAUGGACGGCUUGUCGUGUUGGAACGGGAGAGUUUUGAGAGAGUCUUGCCGAGAAACGUAGAUUUGAACUGGUUGAAUGCAGCUGAUGUUUAUCCGAGACUUAUUCAAUUGUUGCAUGUGGCAGAGUAUCGUGUUGAAUUGCUAGUUGGAAUUACUGUUUCUGUUGGUGGUUUGGCUGAGAGUCUGAUUCGCCAAUCAACAGCCAAUUUAGCUGAUCUAGUAAACAGUCUACCUACCACAUCGACUUCUCAAAGCGACUUUGAUCUAAUGGGAUUCUUUGCCGCUGUGUUGGAAAUCUUUGCACGCUAUCCGAAACAAGACCGAGUCAUCUUGCCCUUGUUUGAGAUGUUGGAUGUCUUGUUUGGUGUUGGUGCGGUUGUGAGGCUGGACGAACCAAAAGUAUUUGAUCAACUUUACAAUGCCACCAAGAAUGAAGUCUUCAAGAGUCGAGAUGCAAAGAAGCUUUUGGCUGCCAUUAAAGUGUUUGCUGGUUUUGCUUCACUAGGAGACCAAUCAGCACCAGCAUGUGUGGCUAUUAGACGACGUGGUCUCAGCCAACUAGUCUCCUAUCUGAUAUAUCCAUACCCAAAAGUUCGACGCGCAGCGUCUGAACAGGUGUAUGUUGUACUUAGCUCUGAUGAUGUUGUAUCUGAUGCGAGGGAGGAAGCUGAAACUGCGUUGCUGUCUACUGAUUGGGAUCAACCUGUCGCAACUCUGAAAACUGUAAAGGAGGGUAUCUCACGUGCACUGAAUAUCACCUCUUCUUGA